AUGGCCGAUCCCCAGUACAACAAGGAAAUGUCCGAGAAGGACCCCGCGCCUCUUGGUGCUGCGCAGAGCGUGGAGCUCCAGCCUCUCGAAGAUGUCACGAAAGGCCGCUGGGAACGCAGCUGGCCCACUAUCGCCUGCGGUGCGGGUCUUUUCUCCGAUGGAUAUCUCAACCAGAUUAUUGGUCCUGUCGGCACCAUGCUGCAGAAAAUCUACGGAGAUGCAUACACCAACUCCUCCGCCCAGCAGAACGUCUCUUCCAUUGUGUUCGCUGGUACCGUGGUGGGAAUGCUGUUCUUCGGCUACACAAGUGACCACUGGUCGCGCAAGUGGUCUUUGAUGAUCUCCACCAUCAUUCUGUUCGUCUUUGCAGCCCUCGGUGCCGGUUCGUACGGUGCCGGUGGAAGCAUUGGUGGUAUGCUUGCUGCCUUGACUGCUUAUCGUUUCUUCCUCGGCAUUGGAAUCGGCGGCGAGUAUCCUGCUGGGUCUGUGGGUGCUGCCGAGAACACUGGAGAGCUCAAGGCUGGACAUCGUAACCGCUGGUUCAUCAUGUUCACCAACUUCCAGAUCGACUUCGGAUUUGUUGUUGCCGCGCUGGUAUCUAUGAUCCUGGUCCUGAUCUUCACCGAGGACCACCUGCGGGCUUGCUGGCGUGUCGCUCUGGGAUUGGGAGUGAUCCCUCCCCUGAGCUUGAUGUAUCUCCGAUUGAAGAUGAACGAGCCCGAAGAGUUCAAUCGGGAGCGCAUGCACAAGUUCCCGGUCUGGCUUAUCAUCAAGUUUUACUGGAAGCGCCUGGCCGUCGUCUCUAUCAUCUGGUUCCUCUACGACUUCUCCGCCUACAGCUUUGGCAUCUAUUCCUCGGCCUGGUUGAGUAUCAUCCUCGGCGAGGGUGCGCCACUGUGGAAGAGCUUUGGCUGGUCGACCGUUGUCAACCUGUUUUACAUCCCUGGCUCUGCCCUUGGAGCCUUCAUGAGUGACUGGAUCGGCCCUCGCUACACGCUCGCACUGGGUGUCGGCCUUCAAGGUAUUAUCGGAUUCAUCAUGGCUGGAUGCUACAAGUGGCUCGCGACGCCCGAGAAUGUCGCAGGCUUUGUGGUCGUGUUCGGAAUCUUCUCCGCUCUCGGUGAAAUGGGACCCGGCGAUAAUAUCGGAUUGUGUGCCGCGAAGACCAGCGCGACCGCCAUCCGUGGUCAGUACUACUCAUAUGCCGCCGCAUUCGGCAAAGUCGGAGCAUUUGUGGGGACCUACGUGAUCCCAGUCAUCCAGAAGAACGCCCCCAACGCAGUCCGCAAGGGCCAGGAUCCCUUCUGGGUUUCCAGCUCUCUGUGUCUUCUCGCAGCGUUCAUGGCUAUUUUCAUGCUGCCACAAAUCAACCAGGACACCAUCACUCACGAAGAUGCCCGAUUCCGGGACUAUCUCGAAGCUAACGGUUACGACACUGCGACCAUGGGCAACCCGGAUCGCCAGAACGUCCAACCUCAAGUGUAA